AUUUCUAUUUAAGCAACCGAGGUCACUACCAUGAAUGUCACUGGAUAAUUAUACAUCAGUCGUAUUUUUACCACUUCGGAACGCACAAUCGGGUCAUUUGCUCCACGAUUAUCCAAACACCGUUAUUUAGCGCAUUAUAAGUCCUUACUGUAGUGACAUCAUUGUUUUGAUGACGAAAUAGCUGGCACAUUGAUGAACAACAUGGCCGACGAAGAAUUCACAGACAUAAAUGGGAACUCGAUUUCUUUAGAUUGCCAAAAUCACUCUGCUUUCUGCAGAGAAUUCACUGUUAAUUCCCCGAAGAUGUCUUUACGUAAUGUUAUGGUUUACACCUGCGUUACAUGGUUAUUUGCUUACGCUAUAUUUUUCUUUACGGAGAACACGGCUGUCCUGUCGAGUGCCAUCAUUGUCACGCUAUUUGGGAUGAUGUUUCACAUUCAUUUCGUGAAGGUGGACCACGAGACUCUUCUCAUUAUCGGCUCUCUUGGUGUCCAGCUGUCUUCAUCUUACGCAUCUGGACGAGAAAGCACGACAUUUAUUGAAAUUAGCAAGCUAAAAGACAUCGUCAUCAACGAGGCAGUUUAUAUGCACAGCAUCGUAUACUAUCUCUGCAUUCUGAUUAAGGACCCAGCAGAGCCUGGCACGGUGACCAGUGUUGUGCCCCUUUUCCAGAGUUCAAAGCCUCGGCUGAAUUGUCUAAUUCAAGUGUACAGAAGUUGUCAAGAGAUUCUUGCACAGGCCAGAUGACACAGAGAGUGUUCCUUUGAAACAGCAUACAGAUUUUGAGGAAACCUUCCAAAUAAACAACAAGCAUAUUGUUGUGAGUUUUGUAUUGCCAUCUACACUGAAAAUCUAAUAGUUUGUUUGAUACAUUUUGUGCCCACAAAAUAAGCUGCUACAGUAGACCUUCCUUAUUUCAAAACAUUGUUUCUGAUCAGUCAUUUAAUAUUACUUUUUGCUCUUAUUGCUCCCCACCCCCAUUCCAGUAUUAAACCAUAAACAUUAAAGGGACGGUUCACCCAAAAAUGAAAAUUCUCUCAUCAUUUUCUCACCCUCAUGCCAUUCCAGAUAUGUAUGACUUGCUUUCUUCUGCUGCACACAAAGAUUUUAAUAAGAAUCUUUCAGCUCUGUAGGUCUAUACAAUGCAAGUGGGUGGAUAUCAACAUUUUGAAGCUCCAAAAGGACAUCUAGAUAGCAUAAAAGUAACCCAUACUACGACUCCAGUGGUUAAAUCUAUAUCUUCAAAAGUGAUAUGAUGGUGUGGGUGAGAAACAGAUCAAUAUUUUAAGUCCUUUUUACUUUAAAUCUCCACUUUCACUUCCACGUUCUUCUUUUGUUUUUGGUGAUUCGCAUUCUUCGUGCAUAUCACCACCUACUGGGCUGGGAGGAAAAAAAGGUCUUAGUUAUUGAUCUUUUUCUCACCCACACCUGCCAUUUAGCUUCUGAAGUUAUAAAUUGAACCACUGGAGCCACUUGGAUUACAUUUAUGCUGCCUUUGUGCUUUUUGAAGCUUCAAAGGUCUGGUCACCAUUCACUUGCUAUUUAUGAACCUAUGGAUCUGAACUAUUUUUCAAAAAAUCGUUUGGUUCAGCAGAAGAUAGAAAGUCAUAUACAUCUGGGAUGGCAUGUAGGUGAGUAAAUGAUGAGAGGAUUUUCAUUUUUGGGUGAACUACCCCUUUAAUACACUCCUACUGGUUAUUUACAAGCCUUAGUAAAUGUGAAUAUUUUUCUAGAUUAAUAUGUCACAAUUUAUAUACUCAGAUUUUAACUAGCUCUGAUUUUAACAAACCAGCUAUCAGUGGUUUGUUUGUUUUUCAUCCUGGACCUUAAAUAACCACUAGAGGGACAUGUGUGCCAAUUUAUGGAACUGGAACCAAAACGUUGGGAAAUCAGUUUAUUACAAUUAUUAAUGAUUGUAUAAUUUCUAAUUUGGUACUUAUUUAACCAUUUGACAUUUUAAUAAGUAAUUUUAUAUUUCAAUUAGUCAUUUAAUACUAUAAAGAUUCUUGAACAUAAAAAAGUGAGUAUUCAAAGUGCAAAUGGAGGAACAUAAAACUGUUAUGAAUAAAAUCACAAUAAAAAAAUACUCAUUGU